CCUCCUGCUUUAAAAACAACCUCAGCCAACCUAAUCUCCCACCCUCCUUUAAAGCCUCUCCAAAAGCCACAUAAGCCCUUGACAAUUCGCACAGCCCUCAGACUUCCCCUCCUCUCCUGCAGAAAGCCAAAUGGGUAGGAAACUUGGCCUAACCUCUCUCUUCUAUAAGAUUAGAGACACAAAGCCUUCUCCUUCUUCCUUGUCCUCCUCUCCUGGUUCUUCAUGGGCUUGGCCUUCUUGCAAGCAACCAAGGACACUCUCCUUCAGGGCUGCGGGCGAUGGUGAUGGCAAUGCAGUGUACAAGACCGUCAGUUCAGCACACUUCGACUCGUCCGAGUCAUGCUUCACCAAUUUGUCAGCCAUGGAAUCUGAGAGCUUCUCAACCGCGUCCGAGGCCUCGGGCGGUGAAACAGUCGAGGCUGUCAUACGUGGGCUAAGGUCGGACCGGCUCUUCUUCAAGCCUGGCAGCACGAGCUCGAUACUGGAGGAGGCCGUCGUGGCUGAAGGUGUCCGGUUCGAAGGGGGCUUCGCCAUGGCAAUGGACUCGAAGGAUCCGUACUGGGAUUUUAAGGUGUCAAUGGAGGAGAUGGUGGCCGCCCAUGGGGUGAAGGACUGGGGGUGGCUUGAGGAGAUGCUUGGGUGGUACUUGAGGGUGAACGGGACGUGGACUCAUGGGUUCAUAGUUCGGGCAUUUGUAGAUUUGCUUGUAGGCCUUGCUUCUCCUUCUCCUUGUUCUUCUGUCACUUUUCAAGUAAAGGAACAAGAGGAAGGAAAUGGGUUGUGUUAA